UUCAAAAAAUAUUUUUGAUUUUUAACACCAAAAGUAGAAUCCAAGAAAACUGAUACAGACUGCCUAUGUAUGAUUCCUUGACGUCCAGUAUUCAAUCACACCUGAUAACCCAAUUUGCAAGAUUUAUAGCAGCAAUUCCAGUAAUGCAAAUAUGCAAUCUUAAGUCAUGAGCAGUUGAUUCACUUUUGCCGCAUCACCAUUUUCUUUGCUUUACCUUUUCUUAUACCUUCCAAGAGAGAAAGCACUUAUUCCCUCAAACAAGGCAUGACUUGUUGUAUUGUAUCAACCAUCUUCUUCUGCUCCUUUCCUCUUCCAUUCUUUCACAACCAUGGAGGAUUGGAAUACGCUCGCCGGGGACUGCGUCGCGAUAUCUUGUUGCUGCCAAUGCUUGAUCUUGCAAAUGGUCAUCUUCUUCUUGCUCAAGCUUCCUUACAAGCUCAUUCGAAAGACCAAAGAUUACGCCAAGAAGAGGCUAUGGCAUAGAGACAAUGAAAACAAGAAUAUAGAGUUGACAAGGGUUAGUCAAUUUCAGGAUGAGUUUCUGGAAAUCCAUGGAGGGUCUAUGAGGAUUCAAGCAGAUGAAAUUGGAAGCCAUUGUUGUGGGUGUUGUAUAGAGGAAGUAGAGAGGGUGUUGUAUGAGCUUUCUCAAAAGGGAGAGUUUUCAUUUGGAAGCUUUUGGGGCAGAGAGGGGUCAGGGAGCUGCUCCUCAUCAAAUGUUGUAUCCACAAAGCAGUUUGAUAUUAGUUCUGCACAGUUUGAAUUGGUUGAAAUUGUUAGCUCUUUAGAAUAAGCUUAA